UGACGCGUCCCUCCUUUUCGCCUACACCGACGUGUCAGUCUUCUUGUGCAUUCUUGUAGCUGAGCAGCAGACAGCUCGGUCAGUCCCCAGACAUGGCUCCCAAAGGCAGCAACAGACAGCAGUCAGAGGAGGACCUGCUCCUCCAGGACUUCAGCAGAAACCUUUCGGCGAAGUCUACGGCUCUGUUCUAUGGGAACGCGCUCAUCGUCUCCGCCAUCCCUAUCUGGCUGUUUUGGAGGAUCUGGCACAUGGACCUUGUUCAGUCUGCAGUUCUGUACGCUGUGAUGACUUUGGUUAGCACCUACCUGGUUGCCUUCGCCUACAAGAACGUCAAAUUUGUCCUCAAACACAAAGUGGCCCAGAAACGUGAGGAUGCUGUUUCUAAGGAGGUUACGAGGAAGCUGUCCGAGGCAGACAACCGCAAGAUGUCCCGUAAGGAGAAAGACGAGAGGAUCCUGUGGAAGAAGAAUGAGGUUGCAGACUAUGAGGCCACCACCUUCUCCAUCUUCUACAACAACACUCUGUUCCUGGUGCUUGUUAUCGUGGCUUCAUUCUUCUUGCUCAAGAACUUCAACCCGACUGUCAACUACAUUCUGUCCAUCAGUGCCUCGUCAGGACUCAUUGCUCUGCUGUCCACCGGCUCCAAGUAAAGGAGGAAACAAAAAAUACUGGGGGUGGGAUUUAAUUGAACAGGAGGAAAUGGGUCAAAGAGGGGUUGAAACUUUUUUUGUCUGAGUUAAAGGGGGACUGAUAUCAUUUCAGUUUCAUGACAUUCAUGAUCAAAUAUCUGGAUGUGUUUCUCCAAGUCUGUCGUCUGUCUUUUUGUAACAAAUAAAGAAACCCGGUAUACUUGU